AUUAGAUAGGCUUGCAGACUUAAACAAUGGUAUAUUUGUACAUUUUGAAACAAUUAAUUAUUAGACUUUUAUUUUAGAACCACAUAAUUUCAAUUCUUAUUAGUAUAUUUGUUCAUCUCAUCAUAUCUCCCAAAUCUAUAUUUUCGGGAAGAACCUUCCGAAACGCAUCAGAUGUUUUAAAAGCGAAUGCGCCAAUAUAUAAAAUUCUAUUAAUUUGAUAUGACUUUAAUCCAAAUGGUGCUUGGUUCUUAAUUAAUAAAGUGUCUAAAAAAAUGAAUAGUCAGGAGCUACUUUUGGAAAAAGGAAAUGGAGUUAGAAUAAUAAAGUUUAAUAGGCCGAAUCGGAAAAAUGCCAUGUCCCCUGAGAUUUAUUUAAAUCUAACAAAAUUAUUAAAUGAGGAUGCCAAAGAUGACUCAAUUGUAAUAACAAUUUUAACAGGUGUAGGAGACUAUUACUCUAGUGGAAAUGAUAUUACAGCUCCAUCUAAUUUAGACAUCAAUGAAAGGUUAAAUUUGGUGCAUGAUAUGGUAACAGCUUUCAUAAACUACCCCAAGAUUAUAAUCAGUGUGGUAAAUGGGCCAGCAAUAGGCAUUGCGGCUACAACUGCUGCCCUAUGCGAUAUUGUGUACGCUUCAGACAGAGCUAUUUUUGAUACACCAUUUCUUAAGCUGGGCUUAUGCUGUGAGGCAUGUUCAAGUUACACAUUUCCUGCCAUCUUAGGAAGAAGUAAAGCCAGUGAAGUACUCCUAUUAAAUCACAAAUUGACGGCGCAAGAAGCUUAUCUGUUUGGGUUUGUGUCCAAAGUUAUACCUCAUGACCAAUUAAAUGAGUUUAUCAUUGAUUUACAUAAAUAUGGUAGUUUGUCUCCUAACAGUGUAAAACUCAACAAAAAGUUAAUCACAAGAAAUUUCACUACUUUAAAUGAAUGUAAUAAUAUAGAGACGAAAGCCCUUCACCAGUGUGUGAACUCGGAAGAGUUUAAUGCUGCUAUAAUGCAAUUUUUAAAACGAAGAAGUAAGCUUUAGUAGAAUUAUACUUAAGCUUUUAGACUAGUUUCAUAUUUUUUAAACAAUUUGUUAAUCUAUCUAUCUAUCGACCUCUGAGACAUACUUUUCAAUCAAUAAAUCACUCUCAGCAUGAAAUUAAUUAAUGUAUUUCUAUUUUUGUAGUAAGAAAAGAACAAUAAAGUUAUUGUUAUUUCAAAAUA